UCAUUGUAUGGUCAUACUAUUAGGAAACAAAAAAAACACUCCACAGCAAACCAAAAUAAAAUCAAAUUAAAAAAAUUAUCCAAAUUGCGCAUAGUACGACUGCAGUAGCCAGAAGUGGUCAGGAGUUCGGAAAACUGAAGGACAUCCAAAUCUGGGUCGAGCAAAAUUCGAAGUGACCUUAUAAAAUCAAAACAAGUGUAAAAUCACAAAAGAAAGGAGAAAAAACCAUUAAAUAUGUUUUGGGCGGUAAGGCGGUCAGUGACGCAGAUCAAGAUCAAUUCCCCGAAACUGAGUCAAAAUCCAAAUACGUAUCGCAAUCGAAUCCCGUAUCCGCAGCAGCAGCAGGAGCCGGCGAUGUACUAUUCAAAAGAAUCCGUUCAAACUCACACAAUAUCCGGCGAACGUUGCCAAUCCCAUUUACUUGCAGCUGACAACAACAGCGGAUCCGGAGGAGGUGGAAGCGGUGGCGGUGGCGCCGGUAACAAUAACAGUGCCAAUAGUGGUAAGAACUCGACGCACAGGUUCGCUGAGACCAGUGUGAUCACCAAUCAAUUGUUGGAAAAAUGGCGGAAAAACUUCUACAGCGAACCGAAGAAUCUGCUGGCGCAGAACGUCUGCUCACGCGUUGAUCCGUUCGAUGUGUGCCUGUCCAGGAAGGCACUGGAGACCACCAAUCAUGUGUUCAACUACAAGGUGGAAACGGAGGGCAAGCCGGUGACCAAUCAAAGGAGCUCCGGCCGCUGCUGGCUGUUUGCGGCCCUCAACUGCAUCCGCCUGCCAUUCAUGAAGAACUACAAUCUGGACGAGUUCGAAUUCUCGCAGGCCUUCCUCUUCUACUGGGACAAGAUCGAGCGUUGCAACUACUUUCUCAACAAUGUUGUGAAGACGGCACAGCGCGGCGAGAAGGUUGAUGGUCGUCUGGUGUCGUUCCUGCUACUCGAUCCCACCUCCGAUGGCGGCCAGUGGGACAUGCUGGUCAAUCUGAUAACCAAACACGGCCUUAUGCCAAAGAAAUGCUUUCCCGAGAGCUUCAGCUGCGAGUCCAGCUUACGAAUGAACGCCAUACUGAAGAGCAAGCUACGGGAGUAUGCCCGCAAUUUGCGCGUGCUGAUGGAGAAGAAUCCCACGGAUGAGGAGAUCGCCUGCAAGAUCCAGGAGCAAAUGGCCGAGAUCUACAAGGUGGUUGGCAUUUGCCUGGGCAUACCCUCGGAGACCUUCACCUGGGAGUACUAUGACAAGAGCAAGAACUAUCAGUCAAUCGGACCCGUUAGUUCGCUGGAGUUCUAUGAGCGUUAUGUUAAGCCGCAUUUCAACGUGGAGGACAAAGUGUGCCUGGUCACCGAUCCUCGGCCGACGAGUAGCUAUGACCAGGCAUACACUGUUGACUGCCUGGGCAACGUGGUUGGCGGUCGACCCGUUCUGUAUAACAAUCAGUCCGUCGAACUGCUCCUUGCGGUUGUCACCAAGUCGCUAAAGGCCGGCGAGGCCGUUUGGUUUGGCUGCGAGGUUAGCAAGCGAUUCGCCUCCAAGCAGGGCAUCGAGGAUGUGGAUGUCCACGAUUUUAAGCUGGUCUUCGACAUUGACAUACAAACGACAUUCUCCAAGGCAGACCGCCUGAUCUACGGUGAAUCGGCCAUGACCCAUGCCAUGGUUUUCACCGCCGUAUCCGUGGAUAAGAGCGGCGUGGCCCAGAAAUUGCGUGUGGAGAACUCGUGGGGUGAGGAUCGCGGCGAGAAGGGCUAUCUGGUGAUGAACGCCGAUUGGUUUAGGGAGUUUGGAUUCGAGGUGGUCGUCGACAAGAAGUACGUGCCCGAGGAUGUGUUGCGCGUGUUCGACAUGGAUCCGAUCGUACUGCCUGCCUGGGAUCCCAUGGGUACGCUAGCACAGUAGGUCCAGGUUGCCAUCAAGACACACCCAACACACCUAACACACACCCAACACACACACACACACCCAACACACACACACACACCCAACACACACCCAACACACACACACACAUAUAAAAAAACAUAUAUUAAAAUACAAUAUAUAUAAAGCUUUACGAGCAGCAAUCUUCGAGCAGCAUCCAAAUGAGUUCGAGUUACCGGCUUUCAGUUUUUUUGUACAUUAUUUUGUUCGUUUUCGAGAUCCAUCCCCCCCGAUCCUCAAGGAGGAUGUGCACAUGCACAAGCAAUAUAUCCGCGUCCAAGUCGUCCCACAAGUCUUUGUCAAUUUCUGUACAACAAUAAUUUUUUGUUUAGCGCUUAGGUAAAAGAAAUAUCUCAGUUCUCCCUUCCAUGGAUUACGUUUGAUUUUUAGUAGCGGGCAGUUGAAAAUAUAUAUAUAUAUACAAAUACGAACGAGAAAUAAAUGAAUAAUGUAAAUGCAUUUUUUACGUAUAUACAAUUACAU